AUGAUGUCAUUACUGCUCUUUGCGAUACUCCUUGGUAGUUCCUUAGCUCAACAAGCACCUGUGGAUAAUAACUGCACUGAUGCUCAGUUAAAGUACGAUGCGACGGCAGUUAACUGUGAGGAUAAGCUUUCGGGCACAGAAUGUGAGAAUAUUUUUGGAAAAACUAAGGCGGAGGUGGGUAAGGAUGCGAAGGACCGAGAGGCGAAGUGCUUCCUGACCGCUGAUAAAAAACAAACUAGCGAUCAAGUGAAACGGUUUGCUAUCUUGGUAUGUCCCAAGACAUGUGGCUUUUGUUGCCAAACCCCGGAGUACAACUGCGAAAACAACCACGAUGCUCGCAUAGAUUGUUCGCGUGUAACAACAGACAUGUGUAAGGAUUCACUUUGGAAACCCAUUCUUUCAAAAGACUGCCCUAAAACCUGCGGCCUUUGUUUGGAAGGAGUAGUGCGAAUGGCAACAUUCGUUUAA